UUCGCUCGAAAGAGGUUUUUUGAAAGCGCUGAUGAGUUGCCGGACAGUCUAUGUGUAGCACUUCCGGUCCGUUCAAUCGCUUCCUGUCCGGAUACAGCACUGAAUUGGAAAGGGGUGAUUUUGUUAUUGUUGCACUGUGUGACACAGCAAGAAAAUUAUAUUUGCCUCAUCGGUAAAUUAGAGGUUGAAAAAAAAUCUCACUCUAGGAGCAGGGCUUCUAAUCGAUGUGAUAAAACAAUAAAUAUGUUUAGUUUUGAAGGAGAUUUUAAAACGAGACCUACAGUAUCUCUUGGUGGAGCAAGUAGGAAGGAAGAGAAAGCUUCCCUUUUGCAUCGUACACAGGAAGAAAGACGAAAAAGAGAGGAAGAAAGGCGAAGGCUAAAGAAUGCAAUAACUAUACAGUCUUAUGUACGUGGCUACAAGGACAGAAAACAGCAAUACUCAAUCCAGAGACGGGAAUUUGAUAGUUAUAUGAAUGCAUCGCAGUCAGGAGGAGUUUUUUCCAUCAACAGUGGAGCUAAUUUAACACCUUUAGUGAGACAGCUCCUUUUUUUCUACAGACAAAGUGAAGAUUCCAAGAGACUGAUUUGGCUGUGUCAGAAUUUGAUUAAGCACAACGCUCACUUUGUGAAACAGCUGGCUGGUCCUGAUAGACUAACAUGUUUAUAUCAAAUAAAAAGGCUUCUGGGGUUAAAUUGCAGGUUACUACAGAACUGCAAAGAUGACAGUUUGAGUGUGGCACUUCCUAUGAGAAUGCUUGAGAUAUUUUCAUCAGAGAAAACAUAUUUAUCUGUUUUACAAGAUGCUACCCUUGCAACAGCAUUAGUUGAACAAAUUUUGCACUACAUUGUUCAGAAAGGAUAUUAUAGGUCACUUUACAUGUUGGUAACCAACAGGCUUCCAUCUAGUAUAGAAUAUUGUGAUUCUUCUCGAGUUCCUCUUGCUAAAACACUGUUGGAGAAUAUUUUAAAACCAUUGCACUUUACGUAUUCCUCUUGUCCUGAGGGGUCAAGGCAGCAGAUUUUUACAGCAUUCACAGAAGCGUUCCUGGCUUUGCCCUUCAAAGAGCAGAUAUAUCACGUCGUCAUUCCAGCACUGGCUGAUGCCACAUCUGCUUUCCCUUUUGCACUUUUUCUCAAUGCACUGUUAGCAUCCGAAAGGAGCAUUUCCAGAAAAAAUGAAAGCGCACCUUGGCUUUUUUAUUUUGUUUUAACUGCUGGUGAAACUUACCUAGGUAGUCUUUCAGAUGAGGAUUUGCUUGUGUAUCUCAAGAUACUUCAAGCUUUUUUGCCGCAGUUGCCUGUUUCUUUGAGUGGCACAAGUAGACAGGAAACCAAUGAAGAGUCUGAAGAGGAGGAUGAAGAUGAUAUAAGGAUGGCAACAUCACCAGAUGAUAAUAUUUUAUCAGUUCAGUUCAUCACAGAGGAGUGUCUAAAGAAAUUAGAUACAAAACAGCAGACAAAUACCCUUCUAAACUUGGUCUGGAAGGAUUCUGCAAAUGAAGAAACUUUUACAGCUAUGGCAUCUAUCUGUCACACACUAAUGGUGCAGCAUCGGAUGAUGGUUCCAAGAGUCAGGCUACUUUACAGUUUGGCUUUCAAUGCCAGGUUCCUGAGGCAUCUUUGGUAUGUUAUAUCUUCAAUGACAACCAGAAUGAUAACAGGGUCUACGGUAAAGCUGCUGCAGGUGAUAUCAAGAGGCUCUCCCAUGUCCGUAGAAGAUUCUAGUCGGAUAAUUCCAUUGUUCUACCUUUUCAGUUCUCUCUUCAGUCAUUCACUCAUUUCUGUACAUGACAAUGAAUUCUUUGGUGAUCCUGUGGAUGGACAAAGACAAUCAUCAAUGAUGCCUUUCACAUUAGAAGAGCUGAUAGUGUUGUCACGCUGCCUGCGAGACGCAUGUUUAGGAAUCAUCAAGUUGGCAUAUCCUGAAACUAAGCCAGAGGUUCGUGAAGAAUACAUGGUCGCAUUUAAGAGUGUUGGAGUAAGAACAAACACUGAGAUGCAGCAGCACAUUCAAGCAGAGCAGAAACGGUGGAUUCAGCUUUUUAAGGUUAUUACCAACCUUGUUAAAAUGCUGAAGUCUCGAGAUACAAGGCGUAAUUUCUGCCCUCAUCAUCACUGGCUUUCUGAACAGGUUAACAUCAAGGCUGACAAGGUUACCCAGCUUUAUGUACCAUCAGCAAGGCAUGUCUGGCGAGUUCGUAGAAUGGGACGGAUAGGACCACUACAGUCUACAUUGGAUGUUGGGAUGGAGCCAGCACCUUUGUCAGUAUCUGAGGAGCGCCAGCUUGCAAUUCUGACUGAACUGCCAUUUGUAGUUCCAUUUGAAGAAAGAGUAAAGAUCUUCCAAAGACUGAUUUACGCAGACAAACAGGAAGUCCAAGGUGACGGACCAUUUCUUGAUGGGAUUAAUGUAACUAUUCGUCGUAACUAUAUUUAUGAGGAUGCUUAUGACAAACUCUCCCCAGAGAAUGAGCCUGAUUUAAAGAAACGGAUCCGUGUUCAUUUACUCAAUGCACAUGGCUUGGAUGAGGCAGGUAUUGAUGGAGGUGGAAUAUUCAGAGAGUUUCUGAAUGAACUGCUGAAAUCGGGAUUUAAUCCAAAUCAAGGAUUUUUCCAAACAACAAAUGAAGGUCUUCUGUACCCAAAUCCUGCUGCCAGUAUGUUAAUUGGAGAGUCUUUUCCUAGACAUUACUACUUUCUAGGGAGAAUGUUGGGAAAGGCCCUUUAUGAAAACAUGCUUGUGGAGCUUCCUUUUGCAAGCUUUUUUCUGUCCAAGUUGCUGGGGACUAGUGCUGAAGUUGACAUUCAUCACCUGGCUUCUUUGGAUCCUGAGGUGUACAGAAAUCUGCUUUUCCUUAAAAGCUAUGAAGGAGAUGUAGAGGAACUUGGUUUAAAUUUCACCGUAGUAAACAACGAGCUUGGAGAGGCACAGGUUGUGGAGUUAAAGCUUGGUGGUAAGGACAUUCCUGUUACUAGUGCUAACCGAAUAGCAUACAUUCACCUUAUAGCUGACUACAGGCUAAAUAAACAAAUUCGUCAACACUGCCUUGCUUUCAGACAAGGUUUGGCCAAUGUUGUAAAUUUGGAGUGGCUAAGAAUGUUUGAUCAUCAGGAGCUGCAGGUGUUGAUUUCUGGUGCUUCUGUUCCCAUUGUUAUGGAUGACCUAAAAAGAUUCACAAAUUACUCAGGUGGUUUUUCUGCUGAGCACCCAGUUAUUCAAAUUUUCUGGAAUGUUGUUGAAAACUUUACAGAUGAAGAAAAACGUAAAUUGCUUAAGUUUGUUACUAGCUGUUCUAGACCUCCUCUGUUGGGGUUCAAGGAAUUGUAUCCUGCAUUUUGUAUUCACAAUGCAGGGUCUGACUUGGAGAGGUUGCCUACUGCUAGCACCUGCAUGAAUUUACUGAAGCUUCCAGAAUUUUGCGAUGAUGAGCUGAUGCGGAGUAAACUACUUUAUGCCAUUGAAUCUGCAGCAGGAUUUGAACUUAGCUGAGGUGAAAUUACAGGUGUAGAGUGGAGGAAACCGGUGCUUAUUCCAGAUGCAGCAGCACACCCACUUGGAAACUUAGAAAGAAUUUAAGUUUCUGCCCUAUGAUUCACAUAAAGUGCACUCAUAUAGUGGUUCAGUUUGCAAAACUACAAGUAGCUGUCAUAUAUAAACUUUUAUUGAUGCUGCUUGAUUCUUCCUGAAGAUUAGGAUGCUGCCUGCUGUUUGGCUAAUUUGUUUUCAUGCUAAGAUGAGCACAUCUUAGGAACAGUGGCAGAUUAACCAAAGAUGAAGCUGUUGCUUUGUGCUGUUUAAAGAUUACAGUUUAUAGAAGCUGUCAUUAAUUCAGCAAGACAUGCAGUGGAUCUGUUCAUCCGUGAUUGUUCAGAUUUAAAGCCUGCAUUUCAGCAUCUUGGGGGGAGACUUUAUGGAUUGCAGAUUCCAGAAAUUCAAGAACUGCUCGACCAUAUUAGUUGAUACAUUCUUAAGGAAACAUGAAUCACUGUUUGUGUGAUUCUGACUAAAGAGAGCAAUUACUUUGCAAAUGUGGAAUUAGAAGUCUUGUCAAGUAAUGUACUUGUCAUCCUUCCUGGAUAGACUAAUUGAUGGCUGCUUAUGAGAGCAAACCUAGCUGCAACCCAUCAUGAAUCAGUGGAUUUGCGUGUAGAAAAAGACACUUUGAGAAGACUGCAUGAGCUUUCCAAAAGCUUUUUAUGGGAACCGUUGCUGGUUUUAUUUUGCACACUACUUCAUAUUUUUGGGCCAUUAGUAGGCAGUGUUUGUAAUACUUUACACAUAUUUUCCAGAAAAUUUUACUGUGGUUGGAUCUUCUUGCUUGAUUAUUUUUUAAUAAUUUCUUUGAUCAGUUUGUAAAUGCAGUUAGAAAUUAGUGUUUCUUUGUGUAUGUACAAACAUUUUUGAGUAUACAGAUGUUUUAUUUUGGUUUUGUCUGCCCUGUCUUCCUCCUUUCACUCCUUUUGAUCUGUCUGCUUUGUGCCUCUUUGUAUUUCCAUGUGUUUCAGUCUUGCAGAUUGAAAUUACCUUAAAAAUACUGUACGUGAAUAGCUAAACAAAUAAAAUGUUUUGCUUCACUUAGAAAGUCUUUUCUAAUAAUAGACCAUGGUGAAGCAUCAUUUAAGAAACUAUUAAAAUUCUGUGUUAAAAGAA